AUGUCAAAUUUUGGAAGGUUGGAAACGGUAUACAUUACGUGUUUUAAUGGAACAAGUGGCGACAAUACCGAGCCUUCAAUGUCCAACAAAUCCUGGCAUCCAAGCAGAGUACAUGAAAUACUGUUCCCCUUUUGGUACUUUCCAAACAUUGGGCACAUUGAGGUAACUGAUCGUUGGGGAAAGAAUGUACGCCCUCAGGCGUCUCCAUGCACAACUCUUCUGCACCAGGCUCCACCAUUAUCGCGUCUCCACACUCUUCGAAUCCAGGGAUUGUGGGCAGAAGAGGACACAGUCAAGCUCCUGCUACAGAGGACCCCCGCACUCAAAAGUUUUUCCUGGGACCGCGCAAUUGAAGACAAAUUCAUGUGCAACCUGGGUAAAAUUAAAGAAAGCCUUGACGGUUUACGAAACACCCUUGUUUUCUUGCGCUUCCAUGCUUCGGCGGUGGGCGACAUGGCGUAUGUGUAUCAAGAUACUAUACAUGUAGUGCAACAGGAGCUAGGAAGCUUCUGCUCCUAUACUGCACUAACAGAUAUGGAGAUAUCGUUGGCUACGUUAGUUGGUGAGAGGAAGGCAGUUACAUCCCUCGGGGGAUUGUUACCACCUGGUUUGAAGCGAUUGGUCAUUCUGGACGAUUUCAUGUCCGAUUCUACUGCAUUCCACCCUACUGCAAUCCCAGAUCAUGCUGAUUGGUAUGAAGAGAAGUACCUAGCAGUCAUUCGGUCCUACAUAGAGGAGUUCAAAACGGCAACACCCCACCUCAAGGACUUGGUCAUGGAUAUGCGCUCUACAGGCGUGUAUCAAGGUGAUCCUGAUGUAUACCAGAUCGAUGAAAGAGGUUGUUCUAACCUUGCAUUCAUGGUGCACGACCGCUUGGACCAACCCUGCAAGGAUAAUGGCAUACGACUUACCUUUAAACCAGGCGAACAAUCCGACUACUAUCUUGAUGCUGCUUGGGAUACCGUAUGGGACUCUACAACAAACUGA